AUGAGCCAGAAACUGCGUGAUUUGAUUCGUAGUGUGCGCGCUUGCAAAACGGCGGCCGAGGAGCGUGCCGUGAUUGCGAAGGAGAGCGCACUUAUCCGUACCGCAUUUAAAGAUCAAGAUAAACAGUACCGACAUCGUAACGUUGCAAAGCUGCUUUUUAUCCACAUGUUGGGCUACCCGUCACACUUUGGGCAAAUGGAAUGCGUUAAACUCAUUGCUAGCCCGUACUUCGCCGAGAAACGCAUGGGAUACUUAGGUUUGAUUCUAUUGCUUACUGACCAGGAAGACGUACUUACCCUCGUCACAAACUCCGUUAAAAAUGACUUGAAUAACCAGAAUCAAUUCACUGUUGCACUGGCAUUGACGGCAGUGGGAAAUGUUGCUUCAGCGGAUAUGGCGCGUGACUUGGUCAUGGAUGUGGACCGUCAUCUACGUAGUGACAAUGAGCACUUGCGAAAAAAGGCAGCAUUGGCUGCGAUUCGAGUGUUUAUUAAGGUACCGGAUUUGGUAGAAGACUUUACUGAGUCAAUCAUGGGACUCUUGCGUGCGAAGCACCAUGGUGUGCUGCUUGCGGGUGUGCAGCUUAUUACAGAGGUGGUUCUUUUGGAUGCAGCAAAUCUAAAAUCGUUUAACAGUCUUGUACCGAAGCUUGUUCGUCAGCUACGUAACUUGUUGUCGAUGGGGUAUUCGAGCGAGUACGAUGUCAGUGGCAUUGCUGAUCCAUUCUUGCAAGUGGCAAUUUUAAAAUUGCUGCGGCUACUAGGCAAGGGCAAUGAGGAAGCGAGUGAAGCGAUGAAUGAUGUAUUGGCACAAGUGGCUACAAACACCGAGACGGCCAAAACGGCUGGAAACGCCAUUUUAUAUGAAUGUGUGCAGACUAUCAUGACAAUCGAGAGCGAUGACGGACUUCGCGUGCUCGCGAUCAAUAUUCUUGGACGAUUCUUGCUGAAUCGUGAUAAUAACAUUCGAUAUGUGGCACUUAACACGCUGUCCAAGGUUGUAACUGAUGAUAUUGCGGCGGUGCAGCGCCACACCAACACCAUUGUAGACUGUUUAAAGGACCCAGACAUUUCCAUUCGUCAGCGAGCGCUUGAGCUUAUCUAUCUACUUGUGAAUAGCACAAAUAUUCAAACGCUUGCUCGUGAGAUGCUGAACUACCUUGUCAUCGCCUCAAAUGACCAGAAGCCUGAGCUGUGUUCGCGGAUUGCUGAUGCUGUGGACCGCUACGCACCAUCAAGCCGAUGGCACAUCGAUACAUUAAUUACAAUGAUGUCAAUUGCAGGUGCGACGUUACCUGACGAGCGGAUAUGUAGCUCGCUCAUCACUCUAAUCCAGCGCAAUGCUGAUUUGCAUCCAUACGUGGUUCACAAAUUGUUCCGUGCUCUCAAUGACGACGUCUCUCAGCUGUCACUUGUCCAUGUGGGUAUUUGGUGCAUCGGAGAGUACGGCAAGUUCCUCUUGCUGGAUGCACCACCAUCCGAAGACACUUUAAACGAUAAGAGCCGUGUGGAUGAAAGUAGAGUCGUUGAGCUUUUCACAACAAUUCUGCGCCACCACGGAUCUACAGAUAUCACGCGCGCGUAUUCGCUUAAUGCUAUGUUGAAGCUGACAACGCGAUUUAGUUCGCAAUCCGAAAUUGCGAAGCUCAACACAAUGAUUGCUUCUUUUAGCACGUCCAUGGUGCUUGAACUCCAGCAGCGUGCUACAGAGUACUCCACCAUUGGAAAACCUCAGUGGGCUUCACUACGCAACGAUGUUCUUGCCAAUAUGCCUGCAAUUGAUGCGUCGAAGGUGCGCAGUCGCAACAACGACCUUAGUUCAUCAACAAUGGAGUCUGCUGAUCUCCUUGGCGACGAGGUGAUUGAAAAGUCUAGUAGUGGAGGCGCUGCAGCCUCUUCAAAACCUGUGCAUGCGGCUCAGUCGAGUGCUAGCGCCAGUUUGCUUGAUCUGGACGAUAUCUUCGGCAGUGGUGCAUCGACGUCAAGCACAAAUGCGUCACUCUCCACUUCGGCUUCGGCUCCAGCCGCACCGCCUGCCGUGGAUUUGCUUGCCGACCUUUUUUCAACCGGUCCGGCUGCUCCAACUCCUGCUCCUGUUCCUGGAGCGUCCUCGCUCGGUCUCAGUAGUGGCUCGGCAAUUUCAGGUGCCAACGACUUACUGGGACUCAUGAACUUCGGCGCUCCCGUUUCGGCACCAGCACCAGCAAAUCCCACUUUGCGCGCUUACGAGAAAAAUGGAUUAAUUGUGGAUUUGGAGAUUGCAAAGCCUAAUUUGGAUGACAAGUCAGUGACGUACAUAACGGCAACCACACGGAACUUGAGUGCAAGUCCAAUUGAGAAGUUUGUGCUCUUAGCUGCAUUCCCAAAGUAUAUCAAACUUAAAAUGGAGCCCCCUUCAGGUGAUGCUUUGCCAGCAAACAACGGUGGAACGGUGACACAGGUCAUCAAAAUUCAGAACAGUUUACAGGGCGAGAAACCUGUGCUGAUGAGGAUCAAGCUUGACUUUCAAGUAAAUGGCAACAAGGUGGAGGAUAUGGUGACCGUAAACAAUUUUCCGGCGAACAUUUGA